AGGCAAAAUCAAAUUUUUAUUCUUCCUCUUCCAAAAUAUUCAUAUAUUUUUUUUCCAACAGAGAGACGGAGAGAGCUUUGUAAAAAUGGCAGCUACAAGGGCAUCCAAACUUUUCGCAGCAGCAGCAGAGUCGGUGGGUUCCUCAGCCCGAAAACAAGUUCUAGACUUGACGGACACCGCCGCUACCAGAAUCCGCCACCUCUUGCAGCAGCGCCAACGUCCUUUCCUCCGUCUCGGCGUUAAAGCUCGCGGCUGCAAUGGCUUGUCAUACACUCUUAAUUACGCAGAUGAGAAAGGGAGGUUUGAUGAAUUAGUUGCAGAUAAAGGUGUGAAGAUAUUGAUUGAUCCGAAGGCACUGAUGCAUGUUAUAGGAACCAAGAUGGAUUUUGUUGAUGACAAGCUCAGAUCUGAAUUUGUCUUUAUCAAUCCCAACUCCCAAGGGCAGUGUGGUUGUGGAGAGUCCUUUAUGACAACAAGUAGUUCCGAAACUGCUAAACGUGGUGGGAGUUAAGCAUGUGCAAGAACAAAUAAUAGCAUCGGGUUGUACCGGUGAUGACAAUACCAAAGCAAAUCAUAUUUUAUGUGGUCAAAAUCGCUUUUAUCGUUUUAGAUGGAUACUGGAUAGUUUGUAGUGUAUACGAUGACAGAUAUCUCCUGUAUGUCUGAACGAACACUGUAGAUUUUAAUUGUAUUAGCCAGGAGCUUUGUAUCUAUAGCAAUUCAAAAAUUCUUUGGUUGAAAUAAGAGAACUGAUGUAUUGUAUUCUUCCUA